UUUUAGCCCAACACUUAACUUCCCUCUCACCACUUUCACUUUGGCUUUCACUCUCACCAUCUCCAAAGUAACUUGAUACUGUGACCAAUCUUUUCUUCUCGGGUUAUCUUCUUCUUCACCGCCUUUGUUGGAAAAAUAAUUUGCUUUGCUUAUUUGCAUCUAACCAUCUCCCCCCAGUCACUUCCGGCUCUUCGCUUGCUUGCUUGCUUCGCUAUCUGCUUCAUCUUGCUCCCGCCGUCGCAAACGAAACCCUCGAACCGUGAACCCCAAACAGCAGACAACGACGAUCCGCCCUUUUCUGCCUCUCUCCAUGGCUCUGGCCUAGAUAUUUCUCCGUGACCAGAUCUCCGUUACAAGGCUUGCGUAGAACAAGCGCUUUCGCUCCCGUGCUCUGCUCUGCUCUGCUCUGCUUUUCCGUGAACCCUACAUUCGCCAGCCAUCCAUCGCUCGCGUAUUGAUCCGCCAGACGAAAGUACCAACAUGGCAGCCAACGGGAGCUCAAUGCCCUCGGCUGGCGCUGGUGGUGAAUCUCAAGUGCUCACCAAAAUCCACCAGGCGCUUGAGGUCGUCCAUAGCCCGUACUCGUCCAACGAUGCCCGUAGGCAAGCCCAGGAUUUCCUCGAGGAGGUCAAGGGAUUCGACGAAGCCCCUAUGCAAGGCUAUAACCUCGCCUCCGACAAGGCUCAAUCCCCCGUUGUUCGACACUACGCCCUCUCUCUGCUAGAGCAUGCGAUCCGGUACCGAUGGUCAACGUACACCCUAGAACAGACGGAUGCCCUGCGACAAUGGGUAUUAAGCCUUGGCCAAGCCAUCGCGAAGGAGGACCCAGCUUAUAUCAGAAAUAAGACCGCCCAGCUCUGGGUUGAGGUCGCCAAGAGAUGCUGGGGCGCUGAAUGGAUGGACAUGGACUCUAUGCUUUAUCAACUAUGGGAUAUUGCCGAUUCCCCAGUGCACAAGGAACUCGUAAUGUUUGUCCUCGAGAAUCUCUCUGAUGAAGUCUUCACUGGGGACGACUCAGUUGUCGCCAUGCGGGAAGGCGUGUUGAGUAAGGCUUGUGUUGAGAUCUUCACUCCAACCGCGGUGUUAGUAGAGGCCUUCCCUAACCGUCAGCCUGGUCCUCCAGUGCGAUAUGGCGAUGAUGGUUGGCUAAGCCGUUUGUCCCAGUUUCUGGAUUACUGUUUGAACCAGGCACCCAAGGACAACGAGGAUGUCAAGAUGUGCAUACACAAGGGCCUAUCUGUGUUCUUAUCACUCAUGCCUUGGGCAAUCCCAAAGGCUAUAUCCUCGGCUCGCUGCGUUGAAGUUAUGUGUGCUGGGCUAGCUUCGUCACAAGUCACCAUUCAAAAGGUAGCUUAUUUCGAAUAGUCAACGAAUGACUUGCGCUGACCAAAACAUAGGCUGCAUUAGAAGGUCUCCAUGCUCUGUAUUGCAGAACUAACUUCAACGACGAGGAAUUUCGGGAUCUGGUUGGCCCCAUGUUCAGAAUCGGGUCAAUACAACUAUGCAAGCAACUUUUCGAGUGGUCUGCAGUUGACCCUGAGGACGUUGACGAAGACAAAUACCAGACACUGAAGAAGCUAUCAGAGGUAUCUCGAAUGGCGCAUAGUUUCAGAGCCAUACUAACUUGUUGCGCAGAUGUUGUCUUGCCUCGGGGACUACUUUGACAGGAAGUUUGCAAAAUUGCCUGCUGACACCGCCAAGGAAGACUUCCUGGCGCUCCUAGUACAAGUUGUGCAGCAUCAGAGCCUGAUGGUCUCUAUUCCUGUACUUGUCACAUGGACGCGGCUCCUCAGUAACCGCUUGAUUGGCCCAACCGAGCUUGUUUCUGCCUUCAUCCCACCCCUGCUGGAGACAUGCAGUUCGAGAUUGGUUCGAUUCGAGAAUCUCCCAGAGGAUACUCAAGACGCGACAUUACUCUACCUCAUGGAGGAUACAGAUACGGUCCCUGAACGACACGCUUUCUUGGGCAACUAUCGCCGAUAUAGCUCUCAGAUCAUUGAGGCUGUUGUCCAGUUGAAGUUAGUUGACGCGAUUCAACACAUUCUCGGCCGCACAGAAGAUCUUUUACAGCAUCUAUAUGACGGCCAGCCUCCCUUAGACAAGCAAAACUAUUUCAAGCACUCCAUGCCGGUCCUGCGCGUCGAUGCUCAAUUCACAGUCAUUGAGGCCACAUUAAAGGGUUACUCCAAAUGGCGCAAGCACCGGCCCCAAGAGCAUCAACAACAGGGACCAGAAAUUGAAGCUAAUUUGGAGUCAUGGUGCAACAAGCUGCUCGAAAUGAGCUUUGAGGAUCCCAUGAUUCGGAAGCGAACCCUUCAGCUGCUUGUCUACUUCUCUACUACCGCGCUCAAUAAGAACGCUACAUUCAUGUUGAAGGUGUUGGAACAUAUUUUAAUGACCUGGCCAGCUCUCCAGCCAGAAUACCGUGCUUUCAACGACGCUAUUAAAGACCUGCAGGGUGAAAGUAUGAUUGAGUUGCAGCGAUUGGCGUCAGAGAUGCCAGAUCAUCUGCUGGGUGUGUAUGACCAAAUAGAGAGCAAAGUCAACGAAAUGAUGUCGUCUGGAUCGCUUGAUGAGAAGCGCUCCAUUGCCUACAAAAGCUUUCUCUUCAUCAUUAUACACCGAGCCACCAGUGUGGAUGCUCUGGCCAAGAUUCAGAAGCUGCGUGAAUUUAUCGAUCCUGUAAAGGCCCAAUGGCAGACCGAGACCGUGCGCAACUCUCUGGAGUCGUACGCUAGGUUCUGUGAGUUAUUGGGACUAGACAAGGCUCAAAACUACAUGGCCAACCGCCGAGCACAUGAGAUCGCGGAUUGGGGCUCGCAGGAACUCGACGCUGAAGGACUUGCUCUUCAGAACGAGCUCGAGGAACGACUUAAGCUUCUUCCGCUUCGUUCGACCAAGAGCUUUCUGGCCUUCUCAGUUGAGAGACUUGAUAAGUCGUCAGAUGCUUUCAAGGCUUCGUACGCUCUCUGGCAAGACGGAUUCCCAGAAAUCUUGGCCGAUCUGCUCAAGUUCCUGACUUAUGCGCAUGCGUCGCACAAACCUGACAAUUGGGUCGGACUACCAGGCGAAGCAUUGUCGACUGUUCACCGAAUUCUAAGCGAUCGGUUUUGGCAAGCCGGGAUUUCCGAGGGCAGCAAAGACGAUUUCUAUGCUCGCGUCAUGGACAAGAAGAACACGAUGGAAGGUCUCGCCUCAACUAUCCGGGGAUCGGUUCGAUUUGUUCGCGAAACUGCCUAUGCUAUCAUUUAUUGCAUGAGUCGCUUGGAACGGCAGUUUUACGGGUUCGAGGGACUCUCUGCGCCUCUCUCCAAGGCCCUAUUCUCAGACUCAGUUUGGUUGUCUACACAUCAGCAGAGUAAUUUGCUGAAUCUGGUUAGAUAUCUUGUUGAUGAUUGCCCUGUUGACUGCCGAGAGCAUUUUCUUCCGCAGCUGCUGGCGGCAUGCUUCCAACAGAUGGAUGCCAAGAUUAACGGGGAAUGGGAAAAGAUGCAGCGCCAGCAGGAGGUGGCUGCAGAUGGCGAGGCUGGUCUCAAGGAAGAGAUGAAAGCGGAGAGUAUUCUUCGACAAGUGACCUACACGGCGGUAUUGAUGGUGGCCGACUUCCUCGAUCCCACCAAACCUAGUAAGUUCCAGGAGGUUCCGGGUUUGUCAAGAGCAAAUGAACUAACAGUCUCCCUAGAUGGGCCGAUUCAGAAUGGAGACAGCAGUUCGGGAGUUGAUCAAGAGAAGGACUACCCUAGCCUUAGGAGGUUCUGUCUCACCCAUCAGGAGGUUGUAGAGCCUUUGCUUGUCUUCUGCACCCACGGUAUUCGAGUGCGUGACAGCAGGUGCUGUACCAUGAUUCUGCGAUUGUUCAUAUCGUUGGUUCCCGAGUUUCAUCUUGUGGAUGGCCAGUUGCCCAAGUCUGUGCUACAAAGCCCAAUGGAAGCACAUCUUGCGACAGAUAGGUUUCCUAUUCCGCCAGCAAUAUCUUCGGCUAUUCGGGAAUAUAUCUCGCUCGAUGUGCUAAAAGCCUGCAUCACAUCGUUUCAUGAGCCUUACUUUGUGGAACUACAGAAGGACUUGGCCGCGCUGAUUGCAACAAUUGUUGUCUACUAUAGCCCCAUCACGUCGUCACCUAGGGACGUACUUCUCUCACUACCCAAUGUGAACAUGGCGGAUCUGGACCGGCUGUCGACGUACAUGGCCAAGCCUGGUGCGCAUACUCGCCAGCAGCGAGCUCUGGUUUUGGAUCUGCUCAAGGAUCUCAAGGGUGUAAGUGUGUCCGAGAUGGGUAAACUCCCCAAGAGCAGUGGAUUUGGUGGUUCCAGUCGCAAGAGAACGAACCGAAGCAAGAUGGCGCAGCAAUUCAUGAGCGACCAGCAGUCAGGACAGGAUUCGACGCGAUCAGGUAUGAAUGUGGCUCGUCGGGCUACACCAGAUGCACUGGAGGGCGUCUCGAAUCUAUUUGAGGGUUAGAGAUUCCAUGAGGGAGAGACCAUUGCCUCAGAGGCAGCAAUACCUUUAGAAAUCAACCUUAUAUCAUGAGAGCGGAUAGUACCAGAGUUAGACCCGCUAGCGAAAAAGAAAAAUGGGUGGAAGUUGCAAGUCCAGGCCAAGGGCCCUCAUCGUCGAGUCUCUGGGCGGUAUAAUAGAGAUGGGCGGUCAAGGGGGACAAUAGACAGGGCCGGACUGAGGAAUUGGAAUGAAUCAUCAGGAGUAUUAGAGCGAGCAUGGGUCAGGCUAGGAUGAGAAUUGACAUGUUUUACUUGAAGUAAUUUGACUUGCAUAUUGAGGUUGACGCAUAAUCAUGCCAUGUUCCAUUGGCU